GGAAGAAGCAAAAAGAAGAAAAAAGAGGCUUCGCAUAACGCUGACCUCAGUCCACAGUAUCCGUGACUUCAUCAAGAAGGAUCCAACCACAUCCAACUCCCUCCCAACCGCCUCCCAAACCAAAACCAAACAUUGAGGACAACACCAUGCUUGAGACAAACCUUCAAAGGAUGACAGCGCUAUGCUAGCUAGCUAGAACCUUUGCAUCUACUAGAAUUCGACUCGACUCCAUCCAACACAAAAUCAACCAAACUAAAAAUGUCAGCAGCACCAUCAACUCAUAAAAAGAAAGAGGAUGAUGUUCCAUCAUUACCACCCGAUUUCCCGUUUAUCCCAAUUGGCCAUCCCGAUACCAUGAUGUCGAAGGAAUCGGUGCGACGAGCCGUGGAAGAAUUUCAAGUCCAACCCACGGAUAUCAUGGUGGCCACCUUUUCCAAGACGGGCACCACAUUGGUGACGUGGUUGUGUCAUUUGCUUCGCUUGAUCGCCAAAGAAGGUAUCGACUACGAUUUCCCCGCCCAUUUUGAGGCAAUAGAAACCCUCUAUCAAGUGGUACCGUGGCCCCUGCUGUCGUGGGAUAUUGGAUACGAUCCCAAUGUUGACGGGAGUCAGUAUACGCCGCGGGUCUUCAAGUCGCAUCUUCGCAUGGCCAGCAUUUAUCGGGGAUGCAAGUAUAUUGUCACCAUUCGAGAUCCUGCCAAGACGGUACUCUCCUUUUACAACUUUUUGCUCGCCAAACAGGUACCAUUGGUAUUGGAAUUGAAGGACGUGUCCCAAUUUUUACUCGAGACACCCUUUGUCCAAGGACGGCCGGGACGAGCCAGUAUCUGGGACUAUUAUCAGGAAUAUCAUGCCCUACGAGACUGCCCCAGUGUCUUGGUGUUGGUCUACGAAGAUGUGGUGCAGAACAUGCCCGCCAAUAUUCGUCGCAUUGCCACAUUCAUGGGUCUAUCCAUUCACAAUAAUACCGCCAUAGUGGACAAGGUCGCCUCUAUGAGUACCAAACAAUACAUGGCACAAUACGUCACACUCUUUGAUGAACCCUACGAACGUGCCAAACAACUGGGACGAGCCGGGGAUUUGUCCCAAUUGGCACCGGGCCCCAAAGUUGCCACUCAGACACAUACCCAACAACUCAACGAUACGGCCAAAACAGUUUUGCAAGAAAAGUGGAACCAAUCCAUGGAACCAUUGGGAUACAAGACAUAUGACGAAUUUGCCGCCUAUUUUGUACAACAGAAUCAACAACGAUGGGAUACUUAAUCAAUAGCAUUGAGACAAUUACUAAUUGGUGGCGAGUUCGCAACAACGUCGUAGAGUGGUGUAUUUUGAAAGGCCCGUACCGUAGCCAUUUAGUGAAAGAGACAAUGAGACACGGUACUAUGAUCUAAACUACGCUAUCGAGUUUUGCU